AUUUAUUAAAACAAUAAAAUCACUUUUCUUCAACAAUAUAUAUUUGUCCACUUCUAUCCUGCCAAACUCCACUCAACCUACACUUCUUAAAACCAACAAUGUCCAAACUACUCACCUUUCACUUCAUUUUGUUCCUUUUCUCCUUGUUUCUACAUAAUGUGACAUUUGCGGAAGAUAGACAAAAUCAAAAUCCAUUUACACCAAAAGCCUCAUUGAUCCGUUAUUGGAACACCCACAUUUCCAACAAACUCCCUCAACCAUCUUUCCUCCUCUCAAAAGCCUCACCUCUCAACGCCGUCGACACCGCCUUUUUCACAAAACUCGCCACCGAAAACGCCCUAAACACCCGCCUCUCCGCCUUCUGCUCCGCCGCCAACUUGUUCUGCGAGUUUGACACAUCCUCCGUUCAAACCCGCCGUCACCCGCCGCCUCCACACAAGGAAGACGCCAACUUCAUCUCCUACAACAACAAACAGUUCACUAACUAUGGUGGGUCCCACGUUGGCGGAGUUGACUCGUUCAAGAACUACUCCGACAACAUCAACAUGCCCGUUAACUCGUUCGUUAGGUACAGCCCUAACACAGCGGGCCAUAGCGACCGAUUCGCUAGCUACUCCGACAACGGCAAUGUAGCGAACGACAGUUUCACCAACUACGGAUUAGGUGCGACCGGUGGGUUAGGUGAGUUUAAGAGUUACGAGUCAAACGUAAAUGUUCCGAAUCUUAAGUUUAGUAGUUAUAGUGGUAGUGGUAAUAAUCAUAAGCAAUCAUUUAGCUCUUACACCGAGGCUACCAACUCUGGGUCCGAGGUUUUUACCGCGUACGGUAAAAACGGGAACGGUGUCCCUACCGAGUUUAACAACUAUGGUAAAUCGUCGAAUAUUGUCGGGUCAAAUUUUGCCAGCUAUGGUCAAUUAGCCAAUGCGGCGAAUGACUCGUUUAAGGGUUAUUCGUCGAGCGCAAAUAACCCUCAUAAUAAUUUUAAGAACUAUGGUGCUAGGGUGGGUUCUGGUGUGGAAAGUUUUGAAAGUUAUAGGGAUCAGGCUAAUGUAGGGGAUGAUACGUUUCAGAAUUAUUUACGAGAUUCGACUUCGACGAAGGCUAGUUUCGUAAAUUAUGGGAAGUCUUUUAAUCAAGGGGUUGAUAAGUUUAAGGGGUAUGGUAAGGGUGCUGUUAAUAGACAAAUUGAGUUUAAGACUUAUAGUGUUAAUAACUCUUUUAGCGGUUAUGUUGAUAAGAAAGGGGUUAGUUUUGCUGGGUAUGCCCAAAGUGCCCCCGAGGGUGGUAAAUUGGUAAAUAAGUGGGUUGAGGAGGGUAAAUUCUUUAGAGAAUCAAUGUUGAAGGAUGGAACUGUUAUGAAGAUGCCUGAUAUUAAAGAUAAGAUGCCUAAAAGGUCGUUUUUGCCCCGGGUUAUAUCAUCCAAAUUACCAUUAUCGACAUCUAAGUUAGCCGCGCUAAGGGAAACGUUCGAGGCUAAGGAGAACUCUACUCUGGAGCGCGUUAUGAUGAACGCGCUAGGUGAGUGUGAGAGGCCGUCGAGCCCUAGUGAGACUAAGCGGUGUGUCGCCUCGGUCGAGGACAUGAUAGACUUUACCGUUUCGGUCUUGGGCGACAAUGUGGCGGUCCGGACCACGGAGAAUGUGAACGGGUCGGGUAAACGGGUCGUGAUCGGGCCCGUAAGAGGGAUAAAUGGUGGUAAGGUGACAAAGUCAGUGUCAUGUCACCAAAGUUUGUUGCCUUAUUUACUUUACUAUUGUCAUUCUGUCCCUAAAGUAAGAGUCUAUGAGGCUGAUAUUUUGGACUUGGAAAGUAAAGGUAAGAUAAAUCAAGGUGUUGCAAUAUGUCAUCUUGAUACUUCAGCUUGGAGUUCAGGGCAUGGGGCAUUUUUGUCAUUGGGUUCUGGGCCGGGCCUCAUUGAAGUUUGCCAUUGGAUCUUCGAAAAUGAUAUGACUUGGGCAGUCGCAGAUUAAUUAAGACACAUAAAACAAAGAAGAUUUAAGCAAAAUCGUUUGUACUCGAUACAUUGUUAAACUUAUGUUUUUGUUGCAUUUCUAAAAAAAUAUCUCAAGUUUGUAGAAUGAUAUUUAUGAGAAGAUUUGUUUUAGUUGUAUGUGAUUAAAAUUUAAUGAAUGAUUAUGUUGACGUAUCUUUUUUA